AUGGUACAAAAUGAGCCUACGAAUCCUUUGAGGAAGAUACGAGACCCGGAGCUAGAUAACAAAGAGCAUCCAUCGGCGGCAUACUAUACCGACGAAGGGCAAGACGAUACUAAUCAAGACGCACCAUCGAUCUGUGAAAUAAAGGGUCCACCUUCGGAAGAACAGAAUCUUGACGAACCUCAAAUCGCUGCAGGGAAAACGGAGCCACAAAUGAAGACACCAAUGAAACCACAAUAA